AGUUUUGGCCCAAGCCAGCGCCCUCGCCAUCAACUCCACGGGCUCGCGUGCGUUCCUCGGCAGGCGACCAUGGCGGACCAGAUCAAGCAGAUGCAGAGGAGCGACCCGGUCGCCAAGGAGCAGUGGUACGCGUACUGCGAGGCCUUCGGCAACAACAUCAGGGACCCUUCAAAGCACGACAUCACGUUCAUCAACAGCUUCAUCGCGCAGUACAACUCGGGCGCGCGGCUGGACUAUAAGGAGGGCCAGGACCUCGCCAAGAUGGUGAAGAUGGGGCAGAGGAGGUCGCCAGCCUGGAAGAGCGUGUGGGAGAUGUACACAGGCAGGAGACGCUCACUGCGCCCACCGAUGCUCCUCCUCGUCCCCCACGGGAGACCAGUGGGGGAGGGGUGGAGGGUCUCACUGGUGGGUGUAACGAGCGUCCCCCAACAGCGCAGCGCCCGAUAGACGGCAAGCCGAAGUUCGACCCAUCGGUGCACAGCGUGGACACCUUGGAGGGCUUCUUCGAUUUCAUCGCGCAGAUGGCGUUGUCCCAGUCGGGCCAAGGCGCAGCCAUGAGCAUGGCGAUGUCGGGCGUCGGCAUGACGGGCCUCGGCGGCGGCGGCAGCAGGGCCAUAAAGUCUAGCUCGGACGAUCCGCUGGUCCAGGCGGUCAAGGCCUUCCAGCGGCAGGGGCAGGAGCAAAAGGAGGCGUGGCACACCUUCUGCGACACCACGCUGGGCGGAAACCGCGACCCCGCCCGCCACGACUCGAGCACGCUGCAGCAGUUCUGCGCGAUGCACGGGGUGAGUAUGGACGUCGGCAUGGGCGGCGGCAUGGGCGGCGGCAUGGGCAUGGGCAUGGGCAUGGGGAUGGGCAUGGGCAUGGGGGGCUUCGACGAGAACCCCGCGAAGAGGCAGAAGGUCGAGUCCAGCAAUCCGAUGGUCAUGAAGGUGAAGGCCUUCCAGCGGCAGGGGCAGGAGCAGAAGGAGGCGUGGCACACCUUCUGCGACACCACGCUGGGCGGAAACCGCGACCCCGCCCGCCACGACUCGAGCACGCUGCAGCAGUUCUGCGCGAUGCACGGGGUGAGUAUGGACGUCGGCAUGGGCGGCGGCAUGGGCGGCGGCAUGGGAGGCGGCAUGGGCAUGGGCAUGGGGAUGGGCAUGGGCAUGGGGGGCUUCGACGAGAACCCCGCGAAGAGGCAGAAGGUCGAGUCCAGCAAUCCGAUGGUCAUGAAGGUGAAGGCCUUCCAGCGGCUGGGUCAGGAGCAGAAGGAGGCCUGGCACACCUUCUGCGACUCCACGCUGGGCGGAAACCGCGACCCCGCCCGCCACGACGAGGCCACGCUGCAGCAGUUCUUGUCGAUGCACGGGGUGUUCUGAGAUGCUUGGGGGCUUGGCUGCACACGCCCGAAUAUUGGUAAAUGGCCUCUGCUGCUCCC